ACACUGGUAGAGCUCCUUCGGGGAAGAGCAACAGAGCAGCUAAUUUAACCCUCAAAAUUUGUGUUUAUAAUCGUACAUUGGUUGUUAAAAGUAGUAUUUGGUAUAACUUUUAUUCAUUUUUGAAAAAUCAGUUAAAGUUAUGGAUACAUGCGUCGCCUAGUGGCUGCUGGUGGCGAUGCUUUUUAGCAUCAGCUAGCCGGUUAGCUGUUACUGACUGACGGGGAAAGCUGCUGUUAACAUCUUACGGCUGGCCCCAUCACGAUCACCUAGGUGAAAGACAUUUCUUAAUAAGUCAUAUAGUUUAAGUUAUAUUUUGUCAACUGAACGCAACUGCAGUAUCAUAGUAAGCUAGUUAGCAGUUAGUUUGUCGCCACUAGCGAACUUAACCUAGAUAUUAUUGGGUGGUCUCAGGCUGACAUCUGUGAGAACUGGCUGUGGGUAGCUUUAGCAGACUUAGCUAGUACAACACAAUGAACGCCGAAGAGACUGCAGCGCCCACCAAAACCGCUCCGGAGGAUGAUGGCAUGACCUGGUGGUACAGAUGGCUCUGCAAAAUAGCUGGUAUUCUGGGAGGAAUAUCUUGUGCCGUCUCAGGAGUGUGGAACUGUGUCACCGUGAACCCUUUAAACAUCGCUGCUGGAGUUUGGAUGGUGUUGAAUGCCUUCGUGCUGUUCCUUUGUGAGGUGCCAUUCUGUUGCCAGUUCAUAGAGUUUGCUAAUGCAGUCGCAGCCCGUGCAGACAAACUCAAACCCUGGCAGAAAGCCUUCUUCUACUGUGGGAUGGCACUGUUUCCUGUGUUUUUGAGUUUCUCCAUUACAACAUUAUUUGGAAAUGCCAUCGCCUUUGCCACAGGAGUUCUGUAUGGCCUUGCAUCCUUGGGCAAAAAGGGAGAUGCCGUGACUUACGCCAGACUGCAGCAUCAGAAGCAGGGAGACGAAGAGAGAAUGACAGGAACAGCAAAUGGAGCUCCAGAGUGAAGCAUCUGCCUUGUCACCCUCCUCUUUUUCUGGUUUCCCUCAGUUCUUACACUUGGAAUUUUCACCUUAUUUUUUUAUCCAUCCUACAUCUCCCUCUUUUCUCUUUCCCAACUCUACAUAACAGUUGCAAUAUUUAUUUUUUGCUUAUUCUGGUGCAUUGUUGUAUUUCUUACCUAAUUGUAUCCAAGCAGCCUAAUGUUGGCUUCAUUAUUUGUCACAUGGUGUGUAAAUGGGAUUUAUCAUUAUAACUUGAAACCCUUAAUGUAGGUUUUAAUGUUUUAACCCUUUUGUUUGGUUGUAUGUGUUUCUGUUUGUUACUGGUGUCAGUUUUAAACCCUUUUUUUGGGCUGAAAUGUAAUAUCUUUGUUGCCCCAAAAGCCUUUCAGAAAAUUUGAGCAGAAUUGAUUGUGAUUGUUAAAUUUACAGAAUUGACCUCAGGUUAUUCACUCAGACUUGGAGGUUACAGUUCAGAGUUGUGUGACAAAGGAAGAUCAGUGCAUGAUAAGCCAGAUGAUACACAGAUGAGCUGCCAUGCAUUUUUGUGUUUUAUCCUGCUUUUGUCAGCAUUUCCCACUUAAUUUUUUAAUGGCAAUCCAACCACAGUGGGUGGAAUGAAGCGUUGAUACAGCAAGGAGGAAAAUCCCCAGUAUACACUCAGCAGGAGCAGGCAGUCGUAAUUACUCAUUAUUACCUACUUAUGACAGUACUCCAAGUUAAAGAGUUGCAGUUUUCACAAUGCCUACAGUAGCUAAUAUCUGAUUGGAGGGCUUACAUGUUUAGGUUUUGCAUAGUCAGGCCACACAUUGCUGCAUAGUGGUCUGCCUGCACAGUCUUUAUGGUGCACAAGAAAUAACACUUGGGCUUGUUUGUAGCUUUUUAAACUGAUGCAGGAUGCACCCAUGUAAAAUAAUGAUGGGGGGGAACUGGUGGGCAGACAUGCAUGAAUGUUUCUGUUAGGCAGUAGAAAUUAUAAGCAGUUUGAUUAUUUAGCAUUUUAGCUAUUCAUUAAAAGAAAGAGUCAGACCUGCCUUAAAGCUUGAUCCAAAUCUUCAUCAUUCUGUAGCAAAGAAGGAUUUAAAAACAGUAAAACACAGAAGUAGAAAGAGAGUGGAACUCAAUAAGCUACCAAUCUACUGGCUUAGAAACUGCAAACAUCCAGACUGUAAAUGUUAAUGUUUCAUCAGCGUCUAUAAGGAAUAAAGGGGUUGUGUGUUUGUUUUGUUUUAUUAUUCACUUUUAAUAGUUUUGUGCAUUUUAUGUAAGAAAACUUACUUAGUCUUAAUUUAUUCCACUACACCACAGAUGUGUAAAUAGCCUCAAGUGUCUCCUUAAAAUUUUCAUUCUGUGUUACAUAAUGUUUUACUUUAAUUUCCCCGUUUUGAGUUCAUUUCUUGUAUUAGGCUGAUGUAAGGAAGAAUCUUUUCCUUUAGUUGUCCUACUUUAAUUUCAUGGGCUUUGAUCAAAAAUCUAUAAAAGGCUUAAGAUUCUCAUCUGAGAUGUAUUAACACAAGUAAGCCAAACUUUGACUGAGUAAGGGGGGAAGAGUGAUUCUGGUGUUACAGUAAACACUUUGCACAUACAACCCUGACCUGCACCUUCAGGACGUUUGUUAACAGAGGCUGAAGGGAUGUUUUUAACACGAGGGAAUGUAACUGGUGUACCCAAAGAUGAGAACCUGUUAUCUUUAUUUAUGUUUUAGCGAUUAUAUUCUGCAAUUUGCAUUUGGUUUACACUUAUUUGAUGCAUCUUGUUUCAAAUAUUUGGUAGCAUUCAGCGCAUGGCUCAAUUCGUUUAAAAGUUACUUCAUGGUCAAGUGAUCGGCUGCCAGGUUGUAGCAGCAGAUUUUGUGAGGAGGAGCUGGAAAAAUCUGCUGAUGGUUCUGUUGAUCACAACUAGCUCGCUCUACCAAAACUAGUCUACAGGUUAGUGAGGGGAAGAGUCUUGAUUCAGGGAUUUGGUCUGUAUCCCACACAUUCACCAGAGCCAUGCUUUACCUUUGUCAUUAUAUUGAGGUGGUUAGUGGUCAAUGAUUGUAAAAUUUGUGUUUUGUUGCCUUGCCUUUGAAGUGUUCAGUAAAAUGAAUGCGUUGAAAUACCUGCCCACACAUGUCUCUUACAGCUGUUUCUGUAUUAUGUCCUUGACCAACUGGUUUGUGAUCCAGCGGUUUAAAUUUCCACCAGCUCUCAGGAAGCAUGCAUAACUAGCAUGAAAAUUACUUGAGCCCAUUAAAAAACUUUUGUGAUGAAUAUUUACCAUGCACAACCAGCAAGAGAUAAUAUAUCCACACCAGUGAUAUGCUACAGUCUUACACUACAGUUGGUACCCUACUUUGAUGUCCACAGCCAUCCAUUUAAAAGCCCACUUUUAUUCCAAUCCAGUCACAAAAAUCCAAUUUCAUGAAUUAAUUUAUUUUUUAUCUGCAGGUAUGAAUGUAUGCUUUGCUGUAAGGGAUACGUGUGCAUUGUGUGUUGUGAUGUGAAUCCUGAUCCGGUUUUGAAGUAGUGAAUUAAACAAAGUUGCUAAUAAGA